AGUGAGAAAAAAAUUAGACGCAAAUAGUUUGUUUAAAAAAAAAACGGUCUUUUCGAUCAAUUGGUGUUUCUUAAAUAUAAUGUCGGCACUAUCACGAAUUGCAUUCAACUAUCCUUCAACAGAAGAUUCUCUGUCCCCCCCCCUUAAAAACGAGCUAAACAAGAAUCAUGGGAAAAACGGAUGGAAAGGCUUCUAGCUGGAGAAUCAACUGACUGCAAAAUCAUCGUUAGAGAUAGAACAAUACCUACCCACAAAUUAAUUUUAAACGAUUUCCCAUAUUUCAAAAUAAAAUUUGAUGAGCAGUCGGGAUAUAAUUAUGAAAUUGUUAGUGAAAUGGUUAAAUACAUGUACUCAUUCAAAGUGAAAAUUUCAACCGAAAAUGUCGAGGAUUUGCUCAAGAUAUCAGAUGAGUACGAGGUCGCUCGACUCUUCGAAAAAGCACAGAAAUUUAUUGUGGAACGUAUAGGAACUGAAAACGUCUUCGAUUGCCUGACUUUGACUGAACACAUCACGAAUGCUAAGCUAUUGAAGUCCGCAUCAAUCGAUUACAUUUUGGAUCAUUAUUCAGAACUAGAAUCAGAGAAAAAGUUGUCUUGGGAUCUUUUGAAAGAAAUUUUGCAUCAUGAAAAACUCAACCAGCGCAUUACUAAUAUAAACGCCGAAAAUGCUGAUGAAUUAUUGGACAUAGCAAAAAUGCAUCACGUAAAAAAUAUGACCGAGGCUGUUAAGAAUUUUAUGAACCAAGUCUGAUGGAAUAUGGAUGGAAUUACAAUGAACUUAAUAUAAAUUCGAGUCGCUUCACACAACCUGCAAAAGGAAUAAUAUAACCAACUAUAAUAGGAA